AGUUAAAGUGAAGCAGGCUGCCAGCAAAAAUGAAGACACGUGUUCUUUUUAUUAUAAUUGGACAUUUUCACCUCUUACCUAGUUUACUAAGUGGUACCACGGUUACCCAGUCAGAAACAUUCAUUCAUGUUCAAGAAGGAGAAACGAUCAGCAUAACAUGUGCUGUACAUUUAAUCAACAGCACUCUAACUGGGAUGUAUUUAAAGAAAAAUUGGAAAACCUUUGAUAAGAUUUUCCAUAUUUCAAACACUAUGGAUUUCGUAGUUGAUCAAAAGUACCAAGAUCGUAUUACACAUAAUGGUCCUCUUAAAGAGCUGAUAAUAACCUUGAGGCAGCUGUUCCGCAAUGACAGUGGUAUUUACUUCUGUGAAGCAGUAAUCAAAACUGACUCAAGACCACUAACUGUUUUUGGCAGCGGCACCCUGAUUUAUGUUUCAGAUAAAACAAAAACAUCAGCAUGUGAAAUACACCCAGAGGUAACAUCAAAUGAUACAACUGUGGAAACUCCUGAAAAUUCUUCCUUAAUGCCUAAAGUUCUUUUUGUAGCAAUUGCUGUCCUGACACUGGUGUGCAUAAUCUUUUUAUUUGUUCUUUACAAAUCCACUAUGAAGAAAUGCUGUCAUUAUAAUCAGUCACAUAGAGUGGUCACAAGCAACACAGAAUAUGAAGAUAUGACCUUCAGAAGAAGCACAGUGCAAUCAUUUUAAUUCCUUGGAUGAUUAAGUUACAUUAAGCAUGAGGAUUGUUAAAGGGAAAAAAAUACAGAAUCAACAAAACUGGACAUUAAGUUUUGUUUGUUAUUGUUGCUGUUACUGUCAAUGUUUGCUAUAUAAGAUAUGAUCAAUACCUUACAAAACCUGAAUACAAACAACUUCUGCAGUAAAGGCAGUAUUUAAACUAUUAGUCAUAAAAUGGUGUAGUGUAACGAGAAAUAAUCAUUGUUGAUAAAUUCAAAGCACUGAAGCUAAAGCUGGUCUGACAGGCUCACGUAUAUCACAGGAACAACAUCAAUGUUUGCACCCUGACAUCACAUAUCACAGAGCUGAUCUGUUCAUCAGUACCCCAGAUUCCAAAAAAAAAUGCUGCAGAUCAUAUCACAAAGCUCAUGGUUCAUAUUUGUAAUUUACUUUUGUUUUAGAUCAUAUUACAAAACUCAUGGUUCAUAUUUGUAAUCUACUUUGGUAUUAUAUCCACCAUCUAGAAAGAAGCUGUCAUUCACUUGCUAACAUUGUGCCUUUUUUCUUCUGACUACUUUCACCAAAAUCCUAGGAAAGGUAGUCAAGUCACAAUCUAUGUGAGCAUCUGUCACUCUUCUCUCUCACUGAGUAGUUUUAAGGUUUGCUAAGGUAUCAAGGCAGCAUUAUGAUUUUCACUGCUCAAGACUUUUAUAACCUGGACAUGGGACACAUGACUGCCAUCCCACUCUCUGGCAUCACCAAGAUCUUCAACUAGACUAAACACUUUUCUACUCAAUGUUCUGGCUUCCCUUCAUCUUUUAGUCAGUCAAACUGGAUAAAUGGAAAACUGCAUGUUGAAACUGGUGACAUUGGCUGUGACAAUGCAUUAUCUUCAAUACCCAUCAAUGAUUUAUAUUAUUCUUUUAUCUGUAUUACUUAAGAUUGUGUUACUGUACCUCUGUGUCCUAAGGACUUUCCAGUAUAUUAAUAUUUCCAAGACCUAUACUGUUUCAAAUUUAGAGAGAAACAAUCAGUCUGACCUUAAAAAUGAUUUUUCCUAUAACCUGUCUUUUCAACAGAGAUAUCUAGGAAUCAGAAAUGACAGAAUAAAGGCAAUGCUCUUUGAAAUAUCUUGAAGGGCUUCUAAUGUCCCCAUGAGGUGGUUCAUAAAUGUGAACAGUGGGUGACCACUUCAAGGAUUGUACAUUUUUAAAUAUCUUCUCUACCUUGAUCUACAUUCAGUCAGUUGUUUACUCACCAUCGGUCAAACAGAACAUACUGUUAAAUAUUAUUACUUCUAUUUUAGUAUGUUGUGGUUAAGCAUGAGAUUUUGGAGAAUUAAUUCCACAACUUCCAUAUGCUCUUAUUUCAACAGUCACAGAUCCCAAACUAAAGCUCAAACAAAUCUGCAAGUUGAAAUGAUCAUAGUACGUCACCUUCAUUCAAAGCUUAAUGGUCUUUGCUAUAUGGGAUUUCUUGCAUAUUAUGAAAGACUGUUACUGAUCCAUUUUCCAGUCUAGUUUUAAAGUUUUUUUGGAAGUAUCUCAUACUAUACAAUCUCUGGGUAGCUUCUGCUGUAGAUGAAGAGCACCAAAUUGAAUAUCUACCCACAUGCAUUUUAAUAUAUUUUAAAUAUAUGACUAGCAGAAAUGUUUCCUCAAAUGGUGUAGCCUAUAAUUUUGGCUACAGAUAAUCAUAUAUGGUAUUACACUGCCGCAGCCUACUUGGUUCAUAGGUUAUUACUAUGGUCACAGCCAAGGAGACCAUCAUAAUGUUCAGCCACAUCACCCGGUACUGAUGGAAGAUUAACAAUAUCACACAUUUAGUAGAUUUUCCCUACAUACCCCUUGUGAAAAUUUGUGAUACCCAUCCAGUCAAUCAGGCUGAUUAUAAAGGUUGCUAUGGAAAUACUCUGCUUUAUAUGUAAGGACAGCCUAUUCAACAAAUGAGGAAUAUGCUGUGUUAGGUACAUGUCAUGCCAUGCCAUUUGGUGAUAUUGAUGUGGUAGUAUAGGUAUAGGUUUCUAGAAUGGACAUUUGCUUUACCACUUGUUUUGUUUAGGGGAAGGAAUUCAAAAAAUGCUGAGGCAUUUACUACUUGGAAGGCUAAGUCAAGAUCAUCCUUUACAAGACUAUAUGACACUGAGUAGAAGGAUAUGGCUUUUAAACUAUCAGAGUAGCUAUGUAUGAAUGUGUCUUUCAGCUUUUCCUGGUUAAGGGUCGCCAAAGCAGAACUCCGGUCCGCUAAUGAUUGGCAGUUGAU